AUGGCACAUUCACCGAGCGCAUCCGCCCCUCUGUAUAUCAUCGAGACCGCACCAAGCGAGGACACAGCAUCCUUCGGCAAAGGAGUCACUUCUUAUUUCGACAUCUUACCCAAACGUGAUGGCUCCCCUGCGACCCGGUCACAUGCCUCGCCACCCGACAUCAGCCCUGGCUCUCAGCCCCAGCUGCUCCCUGUCCGACGUCCUCACUUCCGCUUUCAUUCUGAAUAUGAGGCCCUACACAAGAGGAUCCAUGGCCACAUCAUCGCACAGACCAAGUCCCUCGAGACCCUGACCUCACCAGGCCGUAGUUCGCCACCAUCUCAAGAGACAUCUUCGGCGAAGAUCACGCCGGGUCGGUCCAUCGAGCAGUCUCCCCGUCGUGCCUCCGUGCAGACAUCUGACUCUUCUGGACGCGGCUCUGCAGCGGUGCGAUCCCCUUCGCCGAAUCACAAUCUCAGAUAUGCUCCACGCCAACCGAAAGUCAGCCAGCUCCGAGGAACGUCGUCUUCGUUGGCCUCCAGAGUGGAAAAAUGGAAUGCCGCAAACGAGAUCGCCCAACGACGAUCGUCGACCCUAUCUGAGAGUGUUACAAGAGAUGGCAAUAUCAUUGUUGUCCGUACAGAUCAGGCUCCGUUGAGACCACCACCAUCGAAAAGUGCUGCUGUCACAAAGAUGACCAAAGCCAGUUCGAUAAAGGUCGAGACAGAAUUCACAGAGUCUGGAAAGCCGCCAGAGAUAACCCAAGGGAUUCAGCCCUCACAAUCAGCGAUCAGCGAAGAACCCCAGCCUUCAGACCAGAAGCAUCGAUCUACCUACCAUCAUCGACGUCAGUCAACAUCUCGCAGAAGCUCAAUCAAUCCUAGACAUAUCUUCUCAGCUCCGUUGCAGCUCCUGCACCGUGUCAGUUUGACCAAACGCUCGAACUCACCAGCUGUGACGCAGAGACCCCAACCGUCUUCCACAAGAAGAACCACCCAAUUGCCAGAUCAUCCCUCCCAGCUCAAGCGGAAUUACACCUCAGACGUCCUGCAACGCGUGAGUGCGACUUUGCAGGAAAUCAAAACGGCAGCACCAGCCACGCUCUUCCCGCCGCAGAUUGCCCGGCCUUUGACCUGGAAAACCUUCUCAGACAAAUCGGUCCCGCAGAAAGCGAAGAAGGGCCAACGCAAUGGACAUGGAGUCACGUCAUCACUGGACCACAACAGCAACAUCCAUAACAGUGGCAGUGGCAACCACUGCUCAGACGUCCAGUCAUAUACUUCGAGUCAGAGAUACCUCCGCAUGGGUACCAUGCCCACAAAUACCCCGGACGAAAGAGCCACAUACAAGAUCAAACGAAGUCGGAGCGCAGACACGGAGGAGUUUCUGAAGGUUGAUAUCAGUAUCAGAGGAGGCACGAAUUACCUACCGAGCGAGGCGCGUCGCAUACACACGCCACCCCUGCCCGAAGAAGGUGUAGACGGCCGCUGGAAAGGGUUUUUCUUCGACUACAACGCGCCGAGACGAGCUAGUAGCUUCCAAGCCCCUGAAAUUGUCGUGGAAGACGCACCAAACACCGGCAGUGGCAGUCUCGACAGCGUGUCUGGGGAUUUGGAAGGAAACAAGCCGAUACCAGAGGCGAGACCCAAACUCGAGAGAUCCAGAACCAAGAACAAGCGCAUCCUCACUAGUGAGUGGGCUGACGUCAAACUGGCCGAGAUCGAUCUGCUGGGGAACGAGACCAAGCAAGAUGACAUACAGAGCGCCAAAGAAGGGUGCCGGCGAUUGAACUCACCGGCUGUUCUAUCGAGGAAUCGGACCAGGAUCAUGUACGAAGGGAAGGAGGUGGAGCCUGAGAUGUUCGACUUGACCAUUCCGGAGCAUUUGCCAAGCAGUCCAUUGUGUCCCAGGCAUCCAAGGUAUUGGCGGGUCGUGAAGCGACGGGGGUCACAAUUCAGGGGGUGUUGGAUGCACGGGAUCGGUGUUUAUGAGGGGACGAAGGGCAAGGCAUCGUGA